CGAUCGGCAUAUCUAUUCAGUUCAGUCAUUAGCCUUUAACCUUGUAUUUUUUUUCAAAUUUGAAAGGUGUGUAAACUUGUAGAAAGUGUUAUUUUAAGAUUAUUUUACUAAGGAAACGAGUCAUAAUCAAGUAAAAUGUCCAAGGUUCAUGAAUUUAACGUAACCAUGACCUGUGAUGGUUGUUCUGGAGCAGUGGAACGAGUUCUUGGAAAGUUGAAAGGCAAAGGUGUAGAUGAAGUUACUAUUAGUUUAGAAAAUCAAAGAGUAAAAGUUAAAUCCUCUUUGUCAGCAGAAGAAAUCUUGAAUGUUAUAAAGAAAACUGGAAAAGAAGUUACAUUCGUGUCUUCUACAUAAAUUUUAUGUAUAUAUUCUGCAGCUAUUCCUAUUCAUAAAUGGAUAAAUUUUAUAUUUUUAUUAUAGGAUAUGUUGUUUAUCGUUUUGGUUGUAUAUUCCAAUAAUUUUUUAUAUAAUAUAAGUAAUAUAUAUGUUUUUUAAAUUA